AUGAAAAAAAAUUAUUCUGUAAUUGCUCGUCGCCGGCAAAAAGCACUUAUUUUAGGAAUUUGUUUUAUUGCUGACAGCAUUAUUACUUCUUAUUUAAAAACUCCACUUCAAAGACUAGCUAUCAAAAUCGAGGGAUCACACCUGGAAGAAAAAAAAAAAAGCAGUUUAAUGCGAGCUACCCAAGAAACUAAUGAACUUUUUAAGGAGACUUUGAAAAAAUUCGGCAUUUUAGUUAUUCCGGUGCUGAUUGCUAGCGUAAUCGAUACGGAAGGAGAAAUGCAAGUAUUUGCUCCGAAUGAUAAUGAAAAUACAAAACCCAUAGGAAGAGUAGUAAAAAUAGGAGGCGAGAAACGCAGACUAAAACCCGAUGAAUCUCCUUUUGCGGCAAGCAAACAUGGUCCAUAUCAACAAACUAAAAGGUUAAAUACUUACCAAAAAUACGCUCAAGAAUUGUUAGCCAAGCAAAAAGUUUAUUAUUGCUUUUGUAGCAAAGAAGAAUUAGCCCAGGAAAAAGCCGAUUUUUUAACCAAAAGCAAAAGAGUUAAUUAUCAAUACUCCCGUAAAUGCUUACAACUAGACAAAGAACAAAUUCAAAAUUUCCUUCAAGCCCAAAAAUCUUAUGUUUUGCGAUUAAAGGUUCCCCAAGAAAAGGAUUACACUUUCCAAGAUUUAGUUAGAGGAAAAAUCAUUUUCCAAGGAAAAGACAUUGAAGAUUUUGUCAUCUUUCGGCAUAAUGGCCUUCCUUUAUUGAAUUUUGCGGUAGUAAUUGACGACCAUUUAAUGGAAAUUAGUCAUGUUUUGCGUGGCGAAGAGCAUUUAUCAAAUACCGCCAAGCAAUUAGUUUUGUACGAAGCGGACCAGGAAACCAGUGAAUUUCAAAUGAUUUGCCAAUUACGCCAAAAGGGAUAUUUACCACAGGCGAUAACUAAUUACUUGCUUUUUUUAGGUUGGCAUCCUGGCGAAAGAGCAACCCAAGAAAUUUUUAACUUAAAAGAGGCUAGUGGAAGUUUUGAUUUAAAAAGUUUACAUUCCCGCGGAGCAGUAUUUGCUUUAGAAAAAUUGAAUUGGUAUAAUAAUUACUAUAUCCAGCAGUUAGACCAAGAGGAGUUUGCCGAACAAACUUGA